GAGCUGCCCCCCUCUCCAGGAUCCCCCCAAUCCCACCCCUGGGGUCUGCCCUCCUCCCCAGGACUCCCCACUUCUAUUCCAGGGGCCUGCCCUCCUCUCCAGGACCCCCCAAUCCCACCCCUGGGGUCGUCCCUCCUCUCCAGGACUCCCCCAAUCCCACCCCAAGGGCCACCCCUCCCACCAGCCCCCCCCAAGGGGUCUGCCCCCUAACUCCGGGACCACCAAGCCCUUCCUAGGGGCCGCCUCCUGCUCCAGGGGCUACCCCUUUAUCCAGGCCCCUCCUCAAGCCCGCCCCAGGGGACUGCCCCACACAACUCCGGGACCCCCGAGCCCACCCCAGGGGUCUGCCCCCCACCUCCAGGACCCCCAGGCCCUCCCCAGGGGCUGCCCCCCACCCCGGAAGCUCUCCCCAGGGGCUACCCCUCACUGCAGGCCCCCCACAAGCCCACCUUAGGGGUCUGCCCCCAACUCCAGGGCCCCCACAAACCUCUCCCCAAGGGGCUGCCCUCCCCCUAAGCUCUCCCCAGGGGCUACCCCUCACUGCAGGCCACCCGCAAGCCCACCCUAGGGGUCUGCCCGCCAACUCCAGGACCCCCAAGCCCUUCCUAGGAGCUGCCUCCUGCUCCAGGGUCCCCACAAGCCCCUCCCCAGGGGCUACCUCUCACUCCAGGCCCCCCAUAAGCCCACCCCCGGGGCCACCUCCCGCUUCAGGACCUCCACAGACCCCUCCCCGGGGCCCGCCCCCCCCCGCCCCGCAAGCCCUCCCCAGGAGGCCGUCUCCCCCGCCUCGGCCAUGGACGUGGUGUUCCUGGUGGUGAACGGCGUGGGCCUGGCCCUGGACGUGCUCAGCUUCCUGCUGGACCUCAACUUCUUCCUGGUGUCGUCGCUGCUGGCCGCCGUGGUCUGGCUGUUGGCCUUCGUCUACAACCUGCCGGGGUCGCUGCUGGCCGGGCUGCUGCUCUGCGGCCGCGGGACGCUGCUGUCCUUGGCCGCCCUGGCCGAGGCCCUGGGCCGCCCGGCCCUGGGGGCUGUGCAGGCGGCGGGGGCCCUGCUGCGGGGCUGCUGCUCCUCGGGGCUGGAGAGCCUGAAGGUGGCGGGGCACCUGGCCUCGCACGUGGGUCUGCGCGGGCGGGAGGUGGUGCACCGGGGGGUCUGGGGCGUGGUCAGCUCGGGCCAGGCCCUGCUGCGCCAGGCCUGCGACGUCUGCACCAUCGCCAUGAGCCUGGCCGCCUACGUGGUCAACAGCCUGGUCAACAUGUGCCUCAUCGGCACCCAGAACCUGUUCUCGCUGGCCCUGGCCCUCUGGGACUCCGUCGUGGGGCCCCUGUGGAGGGUCACGGACCUCCUGGCGGCCUUCCUCUCGCACGCGUCCAGCAGCGCCGUCGCCACGGCCAUCCUGCUCUGGACCCCCUGCCAGCUGGUCCUGGAGCUGCUGUCCUCGGCGGCCCGCCUCCUCGCCGCCUUCGUCCUGGGCAACCUGUCGGACCUGGCCGUGCUGGCCUGCGUGUUGGCCCUGACCCUCGCCGUCCUGCACCCGGGCCUCGCCCUGGGACUGGUGACGCGGGCGGCCGCCCGCGUCCGCGCCCUGCCCCCCUACCGCUGGCUGCGGGGGGACGUGGCCCGGCUCUGCCGCCUGCUUCUGGGCUCGGAGGCCUGGCGCCGGGUCCGCAGCCGCGGCCUCCAGCUGGCCCACUGGCCCGGCGGGGGCGGGGCCCGGCGGGGGCCCCGGGAGGCCCCGGGGGCCCCGCAGGGAGGACCCAGGAGGGGGCCCCCCGCCGCCGGCGCCCCCCGGCCGCACGAGCCCCCCGCCGAGCCGGCCCCCGGCCCCCCGCCCAGGGUCCCGCCGCCGGAGGAAGGGGCCCGGACGGGGCCCGGCGGGGGCCGGGAGCGCUUGAACGAGGAGGAGAACGACCCCUGGAAGCUGCUGAAGGAGCAGGAGGAGCGGAAGAAGUGCGUCAUCUGCCAGGACCGGACCAAGACGGUGCUGCUGCUGCCCUGCCGCCACCUCUGCCUGUGCCAGGCCUGCACCGAGAUCCUGCUGGGCCAGCCCGUCUACCAGCGCAACUGCCCACUCUGCCGCCAGGGCAUCCUGCAGACUCUCAACGUCUACCUCUGAGGCCCCGGCGGGCCCCCUCGGACCCUCCGGACCCUCCGGACUCCCAACGCACAUUCCCGGUGUCCGCCUCCCUGGCGAAGCCAAGGGGACCGAGAGGCAGAGAUAAGGCUUGGGCCGGCGCCGACCGGAUACCGCUCGGGCCCGUGUUUUCCGGGGAGGCGGGGGCGCGGGGCUGACGGUAGAGACCGCGGCUGGGGGGUGGCCGGGGGUGGGGGGGAAGACCGGGCUGUUUGGGGUGUGGGGAAACCCGCGGAGCCGAUGGGGGCCGGUUUUCAUCCCUUCCGCACGACGUCCCUCACAGCGCGCCCCGACAGGACCCGCCCCGGCCGCCCCCUCACCACCAACCUGGAUCCCCGGCUCCUUUUCCCUUCUCUUCCCCCCUUCCGCCCUCCGGACCGCUGGACCCGGGACAGCUCUUUCUGGUACCCGGAGGCCCCCGGCCUGAUCUUCGACCUUCGUUAUCACCCAAGCCCCGGACCCGCUCUCUGGGCCUUGGGGCUCAAGGCCGCUUCUCCCAGCUCUCGCCGUCACAGCCCCCGUGGGCCCCCUCCGGCCGGUGUCCGAGGGGAGCGCCCAGAGCUGUUAAAUCCUCGCCCACCUCCCCAACCCCGCGCUGUCACGCCCAGGCCUUUCAGUGAGACAUUCCCACCGCUCCCCGGGGGGGCGGGGGGCUGUUUCUCCAAUAAAGUUCUUAAGUCCCCGAG